AUGACCACCCAGGCUCCCCUCAAGGCAUCGCCCCUCUACUUCUCGCCCAUCUCCCCUUCGCACAACGUUGCCCCUGGCAAGGAGGGCUAUGGACGCUACAUGCUCACCAUCCCCUGGAGCCGCACUUCCGGCUGGGGCCAGGCCAAGAUCAGCCCUCGUGCCGACCUUUCGUUCGACCCCCUUGCCGGUGUCCUCCAGUACGCCACUACUUGCUUUGAGGGCAUGAAGUGCUACAAGGACGAGGCUGGUGACCUCCGUCUCUUCCGCCCCAACCUCAACUUUGACCGCCUGAAGCGCUCGGGUGCCCGUCUCGGUCUUCCCGCCGAGUGGGACAACGCCGAGCUCCUCGACCUCUUCUCCAAGCUCCUCUACCUCGAGACCGACCUCGUACCCCAGGCCGACGGCCAGAACCUCUACAUCCGUCCUACCCUCCUCGAGACCUCGGAGUCGUUUGGCAUCAAGGAGGACGCCUUUGCUUCGGAGGCUCUCCUCUACGUCGUCACCUCGGUCAACCUUGGUGCCGGUCUCUACGCCUCGGCCGAGGGCAAGGGUCUCCGCCUCGACGCCUGCAGCGAGUUCAUCCGCGCCUGGCCCGGAGGCACCGGUAGCUACAAGCUCGGCGCCAACUACGGUACCGUCUCGGUCGCCAAGAAGCCCGGAUUCGCCAUGUCGCUCUGGCUCCACGGUGCCGAGGACUUUGUGUCCGAGGCCGGUGCCAUGAACAUCUGGAUCAUCAAGGAGGCCAAGGACGGCGUCCUCGAGUUCGUCACCAUGUCCCUCGACAACGGUAUCGUUCUUCCCGGCGUUACCCGUGCCUCGAUCAUCCAGCUCCUCGAGGACCACGCCUCGGGCAAGGCCGAGUUCCCCCUCCCUGGCAUGCCCAAGAACAUCCGCGUCGUCCAGCGCGACAUUCCCAUGGCCGAGAUCGUCGAGGGUACCAAGGACGGCUCGCUCAAGGGAAUGUUCGGCUGCGGAACAGGAGUUGUCGUUGUACAGGUGGCCGAAAUCCAGUACAAGAACGAGCUCUACCAGAUCCCCGCCAACCCCGCCAUCAAGCUCCUCCGUGACACCAUGACCGCCGUCCAGCGCGGCGCGAUUGCCCACGAGGACUGGUCGUAUGUCAUCCCCGCGUGGGAGGCCGGCUCGGCCCAGGAGCACGAUGUCGACGGCCAGAAGGUCGUUGCCUAA